CCUGAAUAACAUUUGAUCAAAUAUCUGGGCAUCCUGUGGUCUAGUCAAGUUGACACAAUUCCAGGUCUGAUUUGGGGAAAUCCAAGCCAAGACACCCAGCGUAGCUCAUCAGUUUGGAAAACACCCCUAGUAGUAAGAGUAGAAACCUCUAAGGAGAGUGUCUUAUGUGAGUCACCCACCUAAGGAACAAUAUAUUGUACUCUCCGACCCCUUGUCCACAUUCUAACACAUAGACUUCUGGCUCACAUUAAGGAGGCAUUUUGGCCAUCAGAGAAAACCAGACCUGGUGUCGCUGUCCAUGAAUUUGAGACAAGAGGACAGACUCCUAGCCCAGGGUAGAAUCGAAACUUUGCUGUGUGCAUCCUAACUGGUAUUUGCCCUAAUACUCAGGUAUGUUCAGUCUCUCUCUGAUCCAGACACUUAGCCCCACUAAUAAGAAGCUCCACCACCUACCUACACCAUCUCCAGUGGCUCUUGGUUGACCUCCCACAGCAAGCUCUAAUAGUAAACAGCCCCCACUAUGUUGCUGUCCGUGGUCCUGACAGAAUGUGCAGGCGUCCAAACUGACUCCAGUUUUGCUGUCCGUGGUGCUGUCGAUUUUUUUUUUUUUUUAAUGAUCAGAAGGAUGUUGCAUAUUCAAAGAGUAGGUCUUUGAAACAAAUAUUAGAAUAAACAUGAAAUUUCAGCUCUUUCUGAUGUGUAUUAUACGAUUUAGGGCUCUGUGUCCCCAUUCGUGCUGAUGAAUUAUUACAUUCUUGCUGCCCCACAUCUCCAGGUUCUAGGAUUUAGCAUCGUUGAUGGAAAAGGGCAGAGCUAAGCAGAAAGCAACUAGGGCUGUAACUUUCAGGCUAUUAACCACAUCGAGAAGCCACUAUCCUUUGGCAAUCCCUGGUUUGGAACUUUCCUUUUUGUCUUUGUAUACCCAGUGUAACAGAAAGCCCUGUGAAUUCUAUCUUCUUAACAGCUCUUAGUCUAUUUCAUCUCACCUCCACCAACACUUCCAUGACAAUGCUGACCACCGCCACUGCCACCACCCUCGCUAUUUCUAAUUACCACAUUUACUGCUGGGAUCGUCCCUUUAGGAUAAAAAUUUCAAUGUGGAUACCUAAAUGGGAGCACAGGUACGCUACUUAAAGGUUUGUCAGAUUAUCUGUACCAACAACCCUGAGUAAAAGGACUAGAGCCACUUUCAGAGGGCAAAAGCUCUAACAGCAAUACAUUUCAAUUAAAAAUUGACCACAAGGAAUGCAUAGAAAACAAAACGAAAAGCUAAUGCGUCUACAGCAUUUAGCAUGCACCAUGGCAGGGGCAAGUGCAUGUGCUGCUUUAAAAAAAAAAAACAACCUGUGAGGUAGGUUCUGUGUUACAGAUGGAAUAAUGGGACCCAUAUAGGUCAAGAAACAUGCCCAAGUUUAGACAAGACCUUCAGAAAAGGUCAGGUUAGCUUCCUCAGACGGUGGAGCAGCAAAGACUGAAGCUGAUGCUUUGUCUCUUUGCUCUCCUGCCCAGGAAAAGUGUCAGGGGCCCUGAGAAGCAGAAGGUGGGUAAGAGGGAAAGGAGAGAUCACAAGGAAGCAGGCUGCGUCUGCGCGCGAGCUGGGAAGAGGGGCUUCCGGGGCUGCAGGGUCGCCUCAGCGGGUGUGAUGCAAUCACGCCUGUCCCUGCGUCAAAGGGCGGCUCCGGGGAUACGGAGACUGCAAUAGAGCUGGUCCCCGCCGCCGUGGCUAACCCGGCAGGCAGCCGCUCCCGCCCACCUUCGUCAAGCGUCAGGACCACUGCCUGGAGUCUCUGGUGACCCUCUCCCAGCCACCAGAGAUAGCUGACAACGGCUCCCAGGUACCAGCGCCCCUGGCAACCGCUCUGAGCCAUAGAAACCCCUGCCAUCCGCCGCCACCCACCCAAGCGCCCAGGACGCACCAUGAAGUCUGCAGUGAGCGCGCGCGGGGGCGGAUCCGGCGGCCGCGGGGGUGGCGGCUGGGGCGGCGGCUGGGGCGGAGGGAGAGGCGGCGGAGGAGGGGGCAAGGGAGCAGGAGGCAACAGCGGCGGCCAGGGAGGCAAGGGCGGCUUCGGAGCGCGGACGCGAGGCUUUGGCGGCGGCCGGGGCCGGGGGCGUGGUGGCGGAGACGGCAGGGACCGCGGGGGCGGCGGGCAGCGGCGCGGCUCUGGCAAGAGCAAGAACCGCCGCAGGAAGGGCGCCCACGUCGUGUCGGUGGAACCGCACCGGCACGAGGGCGUCUUCAUCUACCGCGGGGCGGAGGAUGCGCUGGUCACGCUGAACAUGGUGCCAGGCCAGUCGGUAUACGGUGAGCGGCGGGUCACGGUGACCGAGGGUGGCGUGAAACAGGAGUACCGCACGUGGAACCCGUUCCGCUCCAAGCUGGCCGCGGCCAUACUGGGCGGGGUCGACCAGAUUCACAUCAAGCCCAAGUCCAAAGUCCUGUACCUGGGUGCUGCCUCGGGGACCACGGUCUCCCACGUCUCCGACAUCAUCGGCCCGGAUGGCCUGGUCUACGCGGUCGAGUUUUCCCACCGCGCCGGCCGCGAUCUCGUCAAUGUGGCCAAGAAGCGAACCAACAUCAUCCCGGUCCUUGAAGAUGCCCGGCACCCACUCAAGUAUCGCAUGUUAAUUGGGAUGGUGGACGUGAUCUUUGCUGACGUGGCCCAGCCAGACCAGUCCCGCAUCGUGGCUCUGAAUGCCCACACCUUCCUGCGCAAUGGGGGCCACUUCCUCAUUUCCAUCAAAGCCAACUGCAUCGACUCCACCGCAUCUGCCGAGGCGGUGUUUGCCUCUGAAGUGAAGAAGUUGCAGCAGGAGAAUUUAAAGCCUCAAGAGCAGCUGACCCUGGAGCCCUAUGAGAGGGACCACGCUGUGGUCGUUGGGGUCUAUCGGCCCCUUCCCAAGAGUGGCAGCAAGUAGCAACCCAGCUCAGGCCGUCCCUGAGAUCUGCCAAGACUGUGCUUAGUUCGGUGUUAACUAUGUAUGUGUUUUCUUUGUGCGUUGUUUUUCUAUUAAAUAUCAUAAAGACAC